AUGAAGGGGGAGAUGGUGACAAUGGAGGUUAGGGAGAUGAUGGCCAUGAAGAUGAAGAUAAGGAUUUUGAUGGAGAGGGAGAUGGAGAUGAUGAUGGAGAGAAAGUUGAUAAUGCAGAUGACGAGAGUGGUGGACAAGAUAGAGCUGAUUGUGAUGAUGCAGAUCAGGGAGAUGAAGAUGAUGGAGAUGAAAAUUAUACAUAUCCUCAAAAUAAGGUGGAUUCCCCAGGGCUACGUGUGUCAGCUUCUCCACCACCUCUUCAACUACCGAGUCCUGGGCCUGGAGUCCAACCCCAGUAUCACAGCCACCGCGAGCCAUCGUCGGGACACCCUCCACCCGCUCUCUCGCCCCUCGGUUCAAUACUUCUGUCUAAAAGUCACGGAGGAUUCGGCAGCCGAGAUUGAAGAACUCUUGAAGUCCUUCACAAAUAAUGAAAAUGAGAAAUUCUGUCUGAUCGGUCUUCAUUCCUGUGGCGACCUGAGCGCAAACGCCCUGAGACUCUUCAGGGACAUGGAGAACGCGAGUCUCCUGAUCAUGAUGUCCUGUUGUUAUCACAAGAUCGAGUGCCUCGAGGGUAAAAAGGGCUUCAAGAAUUUUCCGAUGUCUCGAGGGCUUGGAAGGGAGUGCGAAGGGAUUGGAAAUCCUGAGGGGGUAGGGGAUGUCCUAGGGCGGACGUUCAUGAGACUCGCGUGUCAGGAGCCUGCGGAGAGGUGGGAAAAAAUGGCGAGAGAGGAUCACGAGGUGCAUUCCAUUUGUUUGAUGGCUAGAGGAGUCCUAGAAUUAUUUUGUCAUAAAAAUCAAAUUAAACUAACAAAAACGAGAAGAAAAUCAGUGAGAUCAUCAAAAUGCCGAAAUUUCGAGGCUUAUUUCCAGAAUUUCACCCGCCGUUACAAUUUCAAUGGACAACAACUGGACAAAAAAUACUACGAGGAGAUUAAUCAACUGUGGGAGGAGAACACGCCUAAAUUAAAAUUAUCCGAAGUUUAUACAGGACUUCAGCUCCUCCUGCAGGCACCAGCAGAAUAUUUGGUAUUGAAUGACAGGAGAUGUUGGCUGGAGGAGCAGGGUUUUUCUGAAACGAAGAUACUGUCAGUUCUUGAUAGAAAAUUGUCUCCCAGGUCUCACGCAAUCGUUUCGUCGAAGACAAAUCCAAUAACUGUCUAAAUAUUUUUUCAAUUUGAGGAGAAGUUUAUCUUCCGUAGGGGUGAAUCUGUGAUGCGGCCUUGAUGUUCGUUUUUAUGGCACUUGGGGCCUUCCC